GCGCCGCCUCGGCCGCCACCGGAGCCGCUCGGAGCUGCGCGAACAUGGCCGAAGUCGGCGAGGACAGCGGCGCCCGCGCCCUGCUGGCGCUGCGCUCGGCUCCCUGCAGCCCCGUGCUGUAUUGCCCGCGGCCCGCGGCCGCCGCCUUCCCGGCCACAGCGUCCCCGCCGCCGCCGGCGCAACCUCCGCCGGGGCCGCCCGCGCUGCCCGCCGUACCGGGCCCCGAGCCGGUGCCCUCCACCGCCGCCACUGCCACCGCCACCGCGCCCGCCCUGGUGGCCGCCGCCGCUGCCUCCGUGCGCCAGAGCCCCGGGCCGGCUCUGGCGCGCCUGGAGGGUCGGGAGUUCGAGUUUCUGAUGCGGCAACCCAGCGUCACCAUCGGCCGCAAUUCGUCUCAGGGCUCGGUGGACCUGAACAUGGGCCUGUCGAGCUUCAUUUCCCGGCGCCACCUGCAGCUCAGCUUCCAGGAGCCUCACUUCUAUCUUCGCUGUCUCGGCAAGAACGGCGUCUUCGUGGACGGGGCCUUCCAGAGGCGCGGAGCGCCCGCCCUGCAGCUGCCCCAACAAUGCACCUUCCGGUUCCCGAGCACGGCCAUCAAGAUCCAGUUCACAUCCCUGUACCAUAAAGAGGAGGCCCCAGCAUCCCCACUGCGGCCACUCUACCCGCAGAUCUCCCCACUGAAGAUCCACAUUCCGGAGCCGGAUCUCCGGAGCCUUGUUAGCCCCAUCCCUUCCCCUACCGGCACCAUCAGUGUCCCCAACUCCUGUCCAGCAAGUCCUCGAGGGGCUGGGUCGUCCAGUUACCGCUUCGUCCAGAAUGUGACCUCCGACCUUCAGCUGGCCGCAGAGUUCGCCGCGAAGGCAGCCUCCGAGCAGCAGGCAGACACGUCUGGUGGGGACAGCCCCAAGGACGAGUCGAAGCCACCGUACUCCUAUGCGCAGCUGAUCGUGCAAGCCAUCUCCUCGGCCCAGGACAGGCAGCUAACACUAAGUGGCAUCUACGCCCACAUCACCAAACAUUACCCUUACUACAGGACUGCCGACAAGGGCUGGCAGAACUCUAUCCGACACAACCUCUCUCUUAACCGCUACUUCAUCAAAGUCCCUCGGUCCCAGGAGGAGCCUGGGAAGGGCUCCUUUUGGCGAAUAGACCCUGCCUCCGAAGCCAAGCUCGUGGAACAAGCAUUCCGAAAGCGGAGGCAGAGAGGCGUCUCCUGCUUCCGCACCCCCUUUGGGCCUCUGUCCUCACGGAGUGCUCCAGCCUCCCCCACCCACCCUGGACUGAUGUCCCCUCGUUCCAGUGGCCUGCAGACCCCAGAGUGCCUGUCUCGAGAGGGCUCCCCCAUUCCACAUGAUCCCGACUUGGGGUCAAAGUUAGCCUCUGUUCCAGAGUACCGCUAUUCCCAGAGUGCCCCAGGCUCCCCUGUCAGCGCCCAGCCGGUGAUUAUGGCUGUCCCUCCCCGACCUUCCAACUUAGUGGCUAAGCCUGUUGCCUACAUGCCAGCUUCCAUAGUGACCUCACAGCAGCCCUCAGGCCACGCCAUCCACGUGGUCCAGCAGGCUCCCACCGUCACCAUGGUGAGGGUGGUUACCACCUCUGCCAACUCAGCCAACGGGUACAUCCUGGCGAGCCAAGGCUCGACCGCGACCUCCCACGACACCGCAGGCACAGCCGUGCUGGACCUGGGCAAUGAGGCUAGAGGUUUGGAAGAGAAGCCCACCAUAGCAUUUGCCACAAUCCCUGCAGCCAGCCGAGUUAUCCAGACGGUCGCCAGCCAGAUGGCCCCAGGAGUCCCUGGACACACAGUCACCAUCCUUCAGCCGGCUACACCAGUGACUAUCGGGCAGCACCACCUUCCAGUCCGGGCUGUCACUCAGAAUGGGAAGCAUGCUGUACCCACGAAUAGCUUGACUGGCAAUGCUUAUGCCCUCACCAGCCCCUUGCAGCUCCUGGCAGCCCAGGCGAGUUCAUCCACGCCAGUGGUCAUCACCCGGGUGUGCGAGGUAGGGCCUGAGGAGCCAACAGCAGCCGUCUCCGUGGCAGCUAGUGCUGCGCCGACCCCAGCCAUCUCCACUACCACAUCUGCCUCUUCCAGCGGGGAGCCCGAGCUCAAGAGGUCCCGGGUAGAGGAGCCCAGUGGGACAGCCACCACACAGCCCACAGCUAUGGCAGCCACCGGCCCUCAGGGCCCAGGGACCGGCGAAUGAAUGUCACCUACAGGAAGGUGGAGUGAAACUCACGCCACAGGAGCCCUAGUGGCCAGCAGCUGCAUUCAAGGACCGAGUCGAAAAGCUCACAACUGCCUGCAGCCCUCGUGCAGGUGGCCGCCGCACUCGGACAAUUUCCUUUUUAUCUCUGUCCUCCCAUGGUUUGAAACAAACACAUAAACGUGUUCAGACAACUUGAUUGUAUGAA